AUGAUUCCCGUGGCCUGGGCAGAGCUGCCAGAUGGUGGAGAGGUUUCUGCAGGUGAAAUGACAAAAUUGCACGUGUUUGGCAAAUGGCAUGACAUUCCAAGGAAGCAGGUAACCUAUGGAGACCCUGAGAUAACAUACACUUACUCGGGUGUUACCUUCUCUCCUAAGCCGUGGAUCCCAGUUCUCACCCGUAUCAGAGACCGCAUCACUUUGGACACAGGACAUACUUUUAAUUUUGUUCUUAUUAACAGAUACAAAGAUGGUGGGGACCACAUAGGUGAACAUCGAGAUGAUGAGAGAGAACUGGUUCCACGCAGUCCUAUUGCAUCUGUGUCCUUCGGAGCUUGCAGGGACUUUGUUUUCAGGCACUGUGAUUCCAGAGGGAAAAACGCAACGCGCCACAUUAAGCCCAUCAAACUGCAGCUAGCCCAUGGUAGCCUGCUGAUGAUGAAGUACCCCACCAAUGUGUAUUGGUACCACAGCCUGCCCAUCCGCAAGAGAGUACUUGCCCCAAGAAUCAACCUCACAUUUCGGAAAGUGAUGACUAUAGCCAAGAAGGAUGCCAUUCUGACUACCUGA